AUGGAUACUAACAUAAAUUCUGGCAAUGUAAGUAACGGAUCAAAAGUGACCUCUCCCCGAUCUUCUGGAAAUAAUUUAACUGCUCCAGGAUCUUACAUAUAUACGAGCAGUGCCAAUAUAUUAUCCCAACGGGAAAAACCUCCCUUAUUACCUAAAUAUCAGGGAUACACUUCAUCAAGUGCUGCUGCUCCUGCUGCUACUACUACAUCUUCCUAUAGGUUGUCAUCUUUUUCAGGAAGAACAAAAAUAUCUGAUACAGCUGUUUCCGGAGAUCCUACCACGGUGAGAUUUUUAAAUAAGAGGAUCCGAAUCAUUAAAAAAAAAAAAACAUUCAUAAAAUAUAAAUAA